AUGCUUCUCUCGGCCCGCGGUCACACGGUCCCGGUACCGGACUCGCUCCAGCGGAGCCCGGGAGUGCGUUUCCCUAGUUUUUGGCAAUACGACGCAUCCCACGACAUCUGCGCGCUGAGCAAUGCCCCGGGCAGCCCUGGCGGCGCGGGGACACCGGCCGAGGCGCGACGGCCCCGGCACGGCUCCGNCCCCCGCAGCGGGGGCAGCGGCUCGGGGCACAGGGGCCGGCCCGCUUUGGGCACCGCGGGGCUCCGGGCACCGCCGCCGAUGCCGAGCAGGGUCGGACCCGAGGCAGGGGGGGCCCGCAAGCCAGACCCCCCGAUCAGAGGGGCGGGGGCUGCCCCGGGGACUCCGUGUCCCCAAGCCCAAACCCUCCCCAUCCUGCUGGUCCCCUGUAUUUAUCCAAACUUUUCUUCCUUCCAGGUGAAGCUGCAGAACAACAUCUCGUAUCAGAUGGCAGACAUACAUCGGCUAAAGGAACAACUGGCAGAGUUACGGCAGGAAUUCAUCCGCCAGGAAGAUCAGCUGCACGAGUACAAGAAGAACAACACAUACCUGACAAGGAGGCUGGAAUAUGACAGCCUGCAGUGUGGGCAGCAGAUCAAGGAAAUGAGACUGCAGCAUGAAGAGAACAUCAAGAAAUUAAUGGACCAAAUUGCACGGGAGCAAAAGCAGGCCACACAGAAAAUUCAGUCUAGUAAAGACACUGCAGUCAGCCCCAGCAAUGGUGACCAGGCAAUACCUGAGACUGUUGCAGAGGUGGAAGAUAAAGUCGUAGUGAAGAAUGAGGAGCGUUCAGAACAUGUUGCAAAUGGCAAAGAGAAAAUCAAACCAGUAGGAGAUGCAGGCAUGCCUGAAAUAGAAGAUAAUGGCCCUACUAAAGCUGAAGAUACUCCCACUGCUUUAAAGAAGCCACUUAUUUCAGCUCCUGAAAGUGAAGGUCAUCAGUCCAUUAUCAAUCUUCCAACUGAACAGCCCCAUGCUCCAAACCUGGCACCAGGCUUGCCCAGUGACAGUGAUGGAAACGCCAACAUUGCCAAGCAGAUCCCUCCAAAUUCUCUCCAGCACUUGAAUUUUGAAGAAAAUGUGGAAGCCCAGAAAGACCACAAAAUUGAGCCAGACCAGAUAAAAAUCCCAAAGAGCCGAGUUAGUGACUUGCAGAAGAAUAAGCAAAGCCGGUUCUUUGAUGAGAAUGAAUCCCCUGUGGACCCGCAGCAGGGUUCUAAACUGGCAGAUUAUAAUGGGGAUGAUGGGAACGUGGGUGAGUAUGAGGCAGACAAACAGGCCGAGCUGGCUUACAAUGAGGAAGAGGAUGGUGAUGGUGGAGAAGAAGACGUCCAAGAUGAUGAGGAGCGAGACCUGCAGAACGAUCUGGGGGACUACAGCAAGUCCCGCCUCAACGAGGGGGUCCUGUAGGGGCCCUGGUCACAGAGAGCUCAACCCAGAAGUUGAGGUGCUGCAGAACUGGACCUGUUUUGCACCAGUGUUUCCUACUUCCAAGGAAGCUGAGGAUCAAGUGCCGAGCGUGCUCAGCAGCAGCAGAAGAGGAUCCACUUUGUACAUAUGUACAUAUCUGUACUGUUGCAGGUUGUAUUAAACCCACAUCUUUGCUGUUCCAUGGAGCUGGGUACUCUGCCUGGUCCUUACCUGUAAUAAUCUCUACACUUAAACCCAGUCUAUAAACACAGGCUGAACUGUUUCUGCCACUUACAACACUUGGAACCUGGAGAACUUGUACAGUUUGUACCUGAUGUAACAAAGCCGCUGUGGAAGCCAUGUACAGCCAAGAACUCCUUUUCUACAGUCCCAGCCGUGGGGCAGAACUGCUGCUCCUGGGAGCUGGGGUUUGUACAGCAGUGAGAAUGGAACCUCAGAGGGACUGGGAACUGCACGGUUCAGUAACUGCUCCUUCCUCACUGCAACCCAGCACCACACCCCACUGAACUCCUGCACAGUGACCACAUCUCGUAGACAGAGCUGGAAAUCUGUAGAAGGACUUGAAUAAUUUGAUACAUCCCAAAAAAGUUGUGCAACUAAUAGCUGGAUUUAAAAGGUGAUAUAAAUAAUUUGCAGCUUGUAGGAAAUCUUUGUGUUACAGAGGGUGUGUCAGUGAGAGACACAUCUGCAGCAGCUGUGUCAGCCCCUCGAGGGAAGGAGCAGCCCUCACACAGGCAAACACACUGUGGGUGCUGGUGUGCUGUCCCAGCGUCCAUCCCAGCUCCAGCCACUCCUGUUCAUUCCCAGUUCAAUAAUCCCUUGAUCCUCAACACCCACCACAUCCCACAGUUUGGUUUUCUCCAUCAGACCUGUAAGAAAGACCCUUUUCUGUAUUCUGUGUUCCAGCACUUCCAGAAUUGAUGGAGAUGAUUCCAUUGCUCUGCAGUGGUGGGAAUGAAGGGAAUUGUCCCCCCUGCUCCCCCAAGGGCUCCUGUGGACACAGGUUGUAGGCCCUGAAGAGGGUGAUUGAAAUCACCCCUGUGCUCUGGUGCUGGGCUGGAGUAAUGGGUCAGGAUUGCUCCUUGCCAGCUCAGUGAACCUCUUAAAUAAAAGUUCAUUGCUCAUACAAUUAUGUUAUGGGUUUUUAAGACAGUUUAUUACUACUUCAAGUGUCAAUGGCAAAAAAAAUUCCUCUCAGUUUCUGCAUUUAGAAAGUGGAAUUGCAGCAUCACAUGACACAGCUUGGAGAGACCCCUAAAUAAAGAGCUACUCAUGAAAUUUUGAGA